UUAACACGUUUUUGCUUUAAAGGCCUUCCAUACAAAGAGAUCCGCGGUGCAGCAUGGACAUGAGCGUUUCUCUGCUGUUGAUUUGGGCGUUCAGAUGUUCAUAUGCAUUUAACAUGGACACAGAACAUUCACUGACAUUUUAUGGCAAACAAGAAGACUUCUUUGGCUACAGCGUUCAUCAGUACCAAUCUGAAAAUGGGAAAGAGAUCAUCGUUGGAGCUCCAUUAAAUAAUUCAACAGAGAGAAUUUACACCUGUCUCCCAAAUCUAAGGGCCUGUACACCACUGCAGCCAGGUUCAGAGAGUCCGUUGGAUUUGUCAACUGCUGUGUCGUCUUCUGGUACCACAAGCAUCACUAGUUGCAGUCCAUUUCUUGGACAUGAAUGUGAUGGAAACUCGUAUCUUAAUGGUAUCUGCUACCAGUACAACAGCAGGUUACAGCCGGUCUCCAACUUCAUCACAGGUUUUCAAGAAUGCACAAAGCAAGAAGUCAAUCUGGUGUUUCUGUUUGAUGGAUCUGAAAGUAUGACAACAGAUCAAUUUAAUUUAAACAAAGAUUUCAUCGUAAAUAUUAUGACAAAACAAUCAAACAUAAAGUUUGCAGCUGUCCAAUUUUCCAAAUUUUUCCGAACUGUGUUCGACUUCAACGCCUAUCAGAGCAACCUCGCUAAAGAGAAACUCAUGAAAGAGCCGCACAUGCAUGAAAUCACAAACACGCACGGUGCAAUAAAAUACACAUUGGACAAGCUGUUUAAUAACGUGUCGUCUGGAGUGAACCCCAAUGCUAGAAAAGCCCUGGUGAUAAUAACUGAUGGAGUGCCAAGUGAUGUUGAUUAUGAUAAUGUCAUCAAGUCAUGUGAUGAGCAAAAUAUAGUCCGGUACAUCAUUGGGGUCGGAAAAGUUGACCUAGAAAAACUGAAAAAGAUUGCUUCAGAGCCCAAAGACAACAACACCUUCUCCAUUGAUAAUUACAAUAGACUCCAGGGACUCCUUGACGAUCUGCAAAAAAAGAUCUACAAUAUUGAGGGUUCACAUGAAACAAACAAAAGCAACGAUCGACAGAACUUUGAAUCAGAAUUAUCUCAGAGUGGAUUCAGUGUUGUCUAUCACACUACGGACUCUGUGAUUGUGGGUUCGGUGGGAUCUUAUAACUGGCGUGGAGUUCUGUAUGAAGUCAAAGGAUCUGGAUUCAGAGAGACCGAGAUUAAAGAUCCAGCUGUCAAUAAAGACUCAUACAUGGGUUACUCUGCUGUGAUUGGACGCAGAGGCAACGUCUCUCUGCUCGUCUCUGGAGCUCCACGUGCUGAACACAAGGGUAUGGUGACGCUCUUUCACCAAAAUAACAACACAUGGACUGUAAAGAAGAACAUCAGAGGAAUUCAGAUCGGGUCGUAUUUUGGAGCGUCUCUGAGUCUGUUAGACGUGGACUCUGAUGGAGAAUCAGAUUUUCUUCUGGUCGGGGCUCCAUUAUAUUACCGCUCCCAGCCGAGGGGAGAAGGGAGGCUCUACAUCUAUACUUUAUCAGAGGAGUCGUUUCUUAAGAUGAUGAACAUGUGCGAGUCAAAUGAAGGCAGAUUUGCUGCGUCUCUAGCAUCACUAAAGGACCUGAAUGGAGACGGGGUGUCAGAUGUGGCGGUCGGAGCACCACUAGAAGAUGAAGGGACCGGAGUCGUGUACAUCUACCUCGGCGAUAAGAUGCAAGGCAUAAACCUGAAAUAUAGUCCUCAGCGGAUCUCAGCGAGGUCAGUUCUGCCGGGUCUGCAGCAGUUUGGAGUCUCUGUGGUGGGUGAGAUGGACAUGAAUGAUGAUAAUCUGACAGAUGUUGUGAUUGGAGCACGCGGAGGAAUCGUUCUGUUGAAAGCUCGACCUGUGAUGUUUGUAUCUUCACAACUCAGUUUCAGCCCCAGUGAAAUCAGCUUAAAUGACUUUACCUGUUCGGGUGUGGAUUUGUUUCAUGCGUUCACCCUCACUUCAUGUUUCACUGUGUUUGAGCAAACCAGCAGCACAGGUUCACUGAACAAGGAUCUGAAAAUCUCUCUGAAUAUUAAUCUAGAUGUUGAAAAAGAAAUGAAUCGAGGAUUCUUUAAGCUGCAGAAUUCAAGAUCCAGGAGUCUUCAGAAUUCCAUCCUGCUGGUUUCUAAUGCCUCCUGUUUUAACUUCUCAAUCUUCAUGCCGCGCUGUGUUUGUGACACAGUGACUCCACUGAAGAUUCAAAUGAAUUUCUCACAAACUGAGUUGUCUUCUGAUCAACCAUCAGCUAUUCUAGACAUCCACAGCACGACAGGGAUGUUUGUUGAGGUACCAUUUGAAAGGAACUGUAUCAGUGACAGGUGUUUGGCCGAUCUACAGCUGAACUUCAGAUUUAUAAAUGAGACGUUAGUGGUGCUGAAUCAAGCUAAUUUCAUGGUUCAUAUAACGCUGGCCAACAAAGGAGACAACUCUUAUAACACCAGCAUAGUGCUGCAAUACCCAGAGGGUCUGUCCCUCUCCAAAUUUGAUGCUGUUAAGAACCACACAUGCAGCAGCUGUGGCGAUCAAGAUGGGGGUGCUAUAAAGAGAACCACCUGCAGUAUCAAUCUACCAGUGUAUCGAACCUAUAAUGAAACUGAGUUUCUAGCAACAUUUCAUGUGACCAAUCGGGACUACGACUGGCCAGAUAUGAUGGACAUGAUCAUCAUUGCCGACAGUGAUAACAACGCUAACAUCACUGAUGGCACAGUGAAGAGGAGUAUAGCGGUUCAGGUCCCCAUUAACUUGGAUAUUACUCUUGAUAACAACGCUAACAUCACUGAUGGCACAGUGAAGGGGAGUAUAGCGGUUCAGGUCCCCAUUAACUUGGAUAUCACUCUUGAUAACAACGCUAACAUCACUGAUGGCACAGUGAAGAGGAGUAUAGCGGUUCAGGUCCCCAUUAACUUGGAUAUUACUCUAGUGAGUGAAUAUUCAGUCACGUAUCUGAAUCUCUCUCUGGAGGACAGAAGGCCAACAUCUCUCAGCAUCACCUACAAGGUGGAGAAUCUGGGCCUUAAAUCUCUGCCAGUAUCAGUCACACUCCUAUUGCCCUGUCCAACAACACACGUGAUGUUCACACCGAAGAGCUUCGGAAUAAACAAGGUCUUCGGUCUCUCUAAUUUGAAACAGUGUAAGAUGAUCAAUGAGAAACAGGAUGGUUACUGUGGGAAGUUUCAGUGUGAUGAAUUCUAUCUUAAGACAUCUGCAGCUGUUUACUUUGUUCUGACGGCACAAGCUGCGCUUCAAAACACAAAGGAGUUUGAGUCGAGAUUUUCCUUUCACGAGUUCAGGACAGAUUAUUAUUUUAACAUCAUUACCCAUCUGAACUACAACAGAAGCCGCUACAUCCAGAUGACAACCGGUUUAAAGGAUGACCCAAGUAAAUAUCAGACCACAGUCAGGGUGGGGUUUGUAAUUCUGCCCAGUCUAUGGCUGAUUAUUUGCACGGGUGCUGGAUGCGAACUGAUCUUAUUCAUUAUCAUAGUAGUUGUACUGCAGAAGAAUGGUUUCUUUAGGCGCAACCGUCCUGAGGAGUUGAACACAUAUGGAAAUGUGUUAGAAAGUACACAUCAAGGUGAUCCUCUCAUGCACAACUUUGAUGAAAAUAGAGAGGAAACGAUGGAUGAUGGAGACAAAAGGAGUUGUGGUGGAGAGAUGAACAGCCGUGAUACAGAGAAGAAGACAGGCGAUGAAGAAGAGAUUGAUAGUAAUGCAGCGUUGUAAGUGAUGAAGAGCAGUGAUAGAGAGAUAAAGAGCAGUGAUUAAAAGAUGAGGGAAACUGAUGAAGAUGAUUAAAAAUGGUCUGACAAAAGAAAAACUUUGCUUCUGAAGGUCCAAAUACAGAGGAGCCAUAACAAACAUUCUGAGGAAAUGUGAUGUGUCAUGUAGGGUUUUGUGAUGUUUUCUGUGCAUAUUAAGUUUAGUUUGAUUUCUUUCAAAUUAUCAGAAUUUAGUAUUUUUAGGCUAAGAAUUUGUUUAGUUUCAUCAUUUGUAUUUCAAUGUUUAGUGUAUUUGUGUGUGUUUAAUUGUGUGAGUGUCUGUGUGAGUUUUAAUAGCUGUUUUGUGUGAAUAUUUUGCGCUUAAUAUCAAUAUCAGUAUUAAUAUCAGAAGUGUCAGUAAUGUAGGGAAUAAUGCAUUAGACAUUAGGUGCAUUAGGUGAUUUAUUAACCUGUAUUAAGUUCAGAAUAUCUAUGAACACAUUUUUCUUGAUAGAUAUUAUUUCCAUAUCAUUUUUUCCUUUUUGUUUUUUCUUUUUCUUUAAAGUCAAUCAUGUGCUAUGAUCUGUAUAUAACCUUUAUUCUGAAUAUUAUAGUUAUAUUUAAAAACAUGUUGAAUAAUUAGCCAAUCAAAACAUUAAUAAAUCAGUUA